AGGGAAAGCAUGUGCCGAACAAUAAAUACCGUAUCACAUCGAAGAUAAUUAAGAUUUCAAUGCAAGAUUUCCGAACUCUUAAGCAUUUGCACUAAGAUUUUAUUUGAAAUAAACAUAACUUUAUGUGCCUGAAUAAUGUGAUCAUAAAAGGGUUCAUUUAGCUCAACAACGUAUAACAAAGUAAGCUUUCAUAGUAUGUCGGAUGCUCCAUUGAUCUGAAAAGUCAUCAAGAGAAUCGAAAACAUAUUAAUCUAUGUUAAACUGACAUUUGUGAAAGUAUUGGAGGAGACAAAAACAUUUAUAGAAUUUGUGUAUUUGGGGUACACGAAAACAGUGGAAAAAUCACUUAACUAUAGAACACUGAGUAUUUUUCUUUUUAGGGGAAAGACGGAUAUAAUAUGUUAAUAGACUAAUUAUUUUUAUCUUUUCGUAACAAACAAUUGUUUACGAUGAGAACACGUGCAGAAUAUGUUUAUAUCGGAUAAAUGAAUUUCGUUUUCCAACCCGAAAACGUUUAAACUGGAUUACUUCCGUGAUUAAUUGACUUUGCAGAAAUUCUCAAAGUGGAUUAUUGUGAUGACUGAAUCAAUUAUUGUGUUUGUCAUGUGAAUACACUUGGUUUAAGGUUUUGCAGUACUUCAGUUUUUUUGCGUUUAGAAACACACACUGUUUUAACUCACAUUUUGAUAAUAUUGAACACAAACAUACGUAGUUAGUUAUUAAACGACGAUGGUGACGGGAAAAAUCACCGGCAUUUAAAGGAUAUUGCAUCAAUUCCUAUAAAUAUUUUAUUUGAAUUCUACAAAAACAAACAGUAAAAGAAACCGAUAUGAAGAAAAGAAAGGCGUUCAUCAUAAUUAAUAUGAAUAACUUAUAAUGUGCAAAUAAAUAAUACGAAUCAGACGACCUGAAAAGCAAACAUACUUGAUACAGUUGGAUCCACAGUUAUGUUUUUUGCUGUGUACUCAACUGUGACGUCCCUACCAUUCUGCGUAGCCGUGUUUGGCACAUUAGUGAUCAGUGCUUUCAUUUACGUCAAGUCUUUUAUGACACUACCAUCAACCAUUCCAAAACUGUAUUUCAAAGAAUCAGCAUUGGCGUCGCAUCUUCUCAAGCGAUGCAGACUAAUAAACCGUAACUUCGAUCCGCCUUGGUAUCUACGAAACGCGCACAUCCAAACGAUACUUUCAUUUAUUCUCACACAUACCUCAACUGAAUUUGAAAGGGAAUAUCUACAAAUGCGUGAUCGAGGAGUCGUAGCGCUUGACUGGGCUCUUCAUGUUUCUGUUCAUAAGAAAAAGUGUUGUUCUGUGUUAAAAAUACUUCCGGGAUUAACCGCUACCUCGGUCAACGUUUCAAACCUGUGUAGUUUAGCUGCUCACAAAGGUUAUAGGCCUGUUGUGUUUAACCAACGAGGAUUCGGAAAUUCAGUGUUAACUUCUCCGAAGAUAUUGAGCAACGGGGAUCCGCACGAUUUACGCCAAGUUGUAAAAUAUAUACAUAGUCGAUACCCAAAAGCGUUAGUUACAAUGGUUGGAUUAGGAACGGGUUGUUCGCUUUUACUGUCAUAUCUUGGAGAAUUCGGUUCAUCGGCAAACAUUUUUGCUGCAGUGUGUAUAUCGGCGUGCUUUGACAACUCCGGGAAGUUUUCGAAAGGCGUUCAAGGAAUAUAUGACAUAUUAUAUUUGUUGUCAUUGAAAAUUACGUUAUGUGAACAUUCAAAUUCACUUUCAAAGUAUAUCGAUUUUAAUGAGUUGCUCAAAUGCUGGUCAUUUCGACAUUUUGAUGAGCUUAUGUAUUCAAAGUUAUAUAACUUUUCAAAUGUAGAUGACUUUUGGGACCGCAAUAAUCCCUUGAGAGAUGUGGAUGAGAUAGCAGUUCCUUUAUUAUUUAUCAAUAGCUUAGAUGAUCCGUUUUAUUCCAAAAUAAGCAUUCCAUACGAUCUCUGCAAGUAUUAUCCACAUUUUCUGAUUGUGUGUACUAGUAAAGGUGGACAUUGUGGAUUUAUUGACGACCCUUGUGAUGUAAGUUGGGCGGAUAAACUAGCACUGGAUUACUUAGACACUGUAUUAGAGUUUACAAAUAAGGGUCAUACUAUUAAUUAUGGAAAAUGUGGCGUCAGAUCUACUAUUUAA